CUCCUGUCUCGGCCAGAGUAUGGUCGCUUCCUGCGCUGGAAUGAGGCUGGAGAUGCGUUCAUCCUUAUGAACUCGGCCGAGUUCGCGCAAUUCGUGCUCCCUCGUUUCUUCCGCCAUAGCAAUGUGUCGUCCUUUGUCCGUCAAAUCAAUCUUUAUGGUUUCCAACGCGUCUCCACCAUCUGUAUCCUUGAGUUUGCCGACAUCAACUCGGGCGACCCUACGCAAGGCACAGAUGCUGUCCAGGCGUCUGGCUUCACUCACCCCUAUUUCCGGCGCGGGCGUCGCGAUCUGCUCAAGAACCUGAAGCCCCGCAGUGCACGCAGAUCCAAGAAGGCUGCUGCUGCUGCAGGCGCGACGGGACAGAACGGGCAGCCGGGGAAGAAAGAGGGUGAGGGACUUCCCCUCCCGGAGCAGAAGGGUCGUGGACGUGGUCGUGCCUCGAAUAUGCCGCCUACACCAACAAAUAUGUCCGCCCCGCCAUUGUCGAAUCCUAUCAACGGCAUGGUUUCAAAUCAGUCUUAG